AUGGCCGCCUCAACAACCCCCGAGCAGACGCAGCCCGUCAAACGAAACCCGCCAUACCUCCCCACGCCCCUCGAGCGCAUCGCCCUCGGCAUCUUCCCCGCAAUCCUCGUCUUCGGCACAAUCUUCUCCAUCGUCUCGCCCGACGUCCGCGCCUCCGCAUACGACCACGUCUCGCAGUCGCACCACCAGGACCCCAGCGUCGUCCCGGGCUACUUUGCCCGCAAGAACAACAUCUUCAACGUCGUCUUCGUCAAGCGCGGCUGGGGAUGGAUCACCUUUGCCUUUGUCUUCUCCCUGCUCAUGCAGCCCACCGGCAAGGCGCCGCCCGCGGUCGUCCUGGCGAGGCGGAUCCGCGCCGGGAUCCGGUGGCUGGCGGUUACGGGAUGGUGGUUCUUUGUCACGCAGUGGUUCUUUGGCCCGCCGAUUAUCGAUCGCAGUUUUCGGUGGACCGGCGGCAAAUGCGAGCUGGCGGAGAGAGAGGUUAGCGUGGAAGGAGGAGGUUCUGUCAAGGAGAUGCUGACGGCCGUGGCCUGUAAGGCGGCUGGGGGGAAGUGGAAGGGCGGCCACGACAUCUCGGGACACGUCUUCCUGCUUGUGCUGGGCGCUGUGUUCUUGAUGCAAGAGGUUGGAUGGCCGGCUCUGAGGUUCAGCGGCUGGGUAGCCGAAGAGAGAAGCAUCGUCAUGCCGGAUGGAGCUGUCAAGAGCGCCAGCGUGGAGUCGGAGACGGCGGUCGGAUACGGCGCGGGAGAGCCUGCGUUUAACAUUGGAGGAAAGACGGCCAUUGGCUUCAUCGCAUUGAGUCUGUGGAUGCUGUUGAUGACGGCCAUAUACUUUCACACGUGGUUCGAAAAGUUUACGGGACUCUUCACCGCCAUCAUUGCUAUGUACACCGUCUAUUACGUGCCCAGAUUUGUACCGGCUGUACGAGGAGUGGUUGGUCUGCCGGGAAUAUAG